AUGCAGAAGUGUACAGUGUUUAGCAGCCUGCUCUCGGCCCUGAUUCUGCUCACCUGCAUCCCCACAGCUGUGCAUGGAUGUGACUUUGCUCAGCCUGCCUGUGGAGCUGCGGCUGACGGAGACGUGAUCAUCGGCAUCAUGUUACCGUGUCAUCAGAAAGUGACCGCUCUUCAUGAACGGGUCAAACCUGAGCGCUUCCACUGCUCAGAUUUCGAUCUGGAGUCCUUCAUGUUGUCUCUGGCCAUCAUCCAUGAAAUCGAGGAGAUAAACGCAGCUGGUUUCCUCCCAGGGGUGCGUCUUGGAUAUUUGAUGUGUGACACGUGUUCAUACGCCAGCAAAGCUCUGCAGACCGUGGAGCACAUGCUCGCAGUCAACACCUCUCUGACUGUGAAGUGUGACUACACAAACUCCAUACCGACAGUCAAAAUUAUUUUAGGAGGGUUGUACUCGGAGGUUUCCAUCGCUGUGGCCAGACUGCUGAAUGUCUUCAUGGUCCCUCUCCUGAGCAGUACAUCGUCUUCACCUGAACUGAGCGAUAAGACUCGAUAUCCAGUCUUCAUGCGCACUAUUCCCAGUGACAUACAUCAGACCAAAGCUCUGGCCAAAAUGAUGCUACACUUCGACUGGAACUGGGUCGGCAUUGUGUACGGGGACGAUGAUUACGGCAGAGCAGCUUUCCAGAGCUUCUUGUGGGACGCUGAGGAGAACGGUGUGUGUUUGGCCUUCCAGGAAGUGCUGCCUCAUUACCUGGAUCAUUUAGAGAGAGAGCACCGUAUCAGGCAGAUCGCCCAGCAGAUCCGCUCCUCCAGUGCACAGGUGGUUGUGCUCAUCCUCAGAGCAGAGUUGGUGAAUGCCCUCUUUCAGGAAAUGAUAAGGACUAACACCUCACGGACCUGGGUUGCCAGUGACUCCUGGUCCAGUAGUUGGUCUCUUGCUCAAAUGGACGGCAUCAACACAGUCGGGGACAUUCUGGGCUUCACCUUCAUUGCAGGAAAGAGUGAAUCAUUUGAUAAUUAUCUCAAGAAUCUUGCAGCAACCCCAGGAGGACACAACCUCUUCAUAGAAAAAUACAAACACAUACGAUUCAACUGCACCCCCGAAUGUUUCUCUAACACGCCUCUGCCUUACUGUCCAUCCAACGACCUUCUGAAGAUAAAAUCUGGUGAUGCAUGCAAUAUCACACAUCCCCAAGAGCAACAUGAUGACUAUCUUGUCAAGUCUCUGGAUACAAGUAAGGCCUUCCCUCACAGAAUAGCAGUGUGGGCUGUAGCUAAUGCUCUCAAAAAGCUACUGAAGUGCAACAAUUCUUCAUGUUCGGGAGAGAUUAACUUCCCACCGUGGAAGGUAAGAAUGGAUAUCUACAAAUGUGGGAUCCUUUCCCUUGUUUUGCAGCUUCUCCAAGAACUGAAGAACAUCGAGUUCCAGCUAGAGGACCAGAUUUUCUCCUUUGAUGAAAACGGUGAUUUUGUGAACGGUUAUGAUCUCGUAAUGUGGGAGGAGGGCAGCCAGCACAGAAGAUUAAGAAGGAUUGGGAAAUACCACAUCUCUAAUGGACAAAUAGAACUCCUAGUGAAACAUUUUAACUGGAUUUCAACAGUCAACAACACGACUCCUCGGUCCAGAUGCUCCGAGAGCUGUGCUCCUGGUUCAGUAAAGAAGAUCUUGAACGUAUCCUGCUGUUAUAACUGCACCCUGUGUGUGGAGGGGACUUACUCUGAUGACUGGGAUCUUCAUGUGUGCAAAAAGUGUCCCAAUGGAACUUGGUCUCUGAAGGGUUGGACUGAGUGCGGGCCGAGAUGGGAGUCCUUCCUGCGUUGGAGAGAUCCUCAUCCCAUCAGCAUGCUUGCGGCCGCAGUCUUCGGGAUCCUGCUCCUGUUUGUUGUCUUUGUUAUUUUCUUGGUGCACAGAGACUCCGCUCCGAUGAAGAAAGCCGAGGUGAGACUGUCCUGUGUGAUGAUGGUGGGUCUGGCGGUCAGCUUUGCGAGCGUGAUAUGCUUAAUGGGGAGGCCUAGCGUGCACCUCUGCCAGGCCCGUCAGGUGAUGUAUGCGAUGGGCUUCACCCUGUGUGUGUCCUGCAUCCUGGUCAAAUCCUACCGCACCUUCCUGGUUUUCCUUCCCUUCAGUCAGAUCACACACAGGCAGCUGCACAAACUCUACAAGCCGCCUGUGAUCAUCCUCGUCAUAACGUCUCUGCAGGGGAUCAUCUGUCUCCUCUGGCUGCUGUUUGACUCUCCUGAUAUCGACGACACACCUCCAUCCCCACAGAGCAUGGUGAGGUUAGUCCAGUGCAGUGAAGGAGCCACAUUCAUCGGCUUUGGCGUGAUGCUAAGCUACAUCGCUCUGCUCGCGUUGGUUUGCUUCCUCCUGGCCUUCAAAGGCAGGAAAGUUCCUCAGGAGUUCAGUGAAACCGGCUACAUCAUCUUCAGCAUGCUCAUGUAUCUGUUCGUCUGGGUGUGUUUCAUCCCGGUUUACAUCACCCACGGUGAGAAGAGGACCCCUGUGCAGGCCUCUGCCAUUCUGGUGUCGACCUAUGGCAUCAUCUUCUGCCAUUUUGUACCCAGGUGCUACAGAGCUCUUCGGGGGCCAGAGACAGAUGUGUUUGAGAGGAUUCUGAGGAGAUGUGGGCUCGAGUCAGACACCGAGAUAAACAUAGAUAUCCAUGCACGGAACACAGCGUUUAAAAGAUACGACAGGUUUUCUGUAACAAGUACAACAACCAUACUGAGCAGCCUAGAAACAGAGAAUCCUUCUGAUUCUGAAGUGGUCGUAAAGACAGAUUUCGACGAAAAGAUUCAUCCCUUUUCUCGAGAAACAAAUGCGAUCAGGAGACGCAGAAGUAUAUCCUUCUAAAAAAAUCAGUUUUAAAGUGUUCUGUGUAUUUAUCAUAUCUUUACUAAGUCAUGCUGUGCUGCAUUUUAUGUGAAGUUAAUGUUUUUUUCUAAAAGUGGAAGAGUGACAAUGACUCAUUUGUAUUGUAUACAAAGACGAGUCCAUUAAACCAAAUGAUCUUUGACUUUUGAUUCAUUUUUACCACAAGCCAGCAGCUUUAGCAGAGUAGAUCUAAUAUAUCAAUAAAGCUUUAGAUUAGAUCUAAAGCAAAUCAAUUGUGACAAAAUGUGCUUCUCAACUUGUCCUGUUUUAUUUUAAAUCGAUGUGAACAUUUAAAGGAUAUUUCAAGUAAUGAACGUGUUACAAAAGUCUAUAGGAAUAUGAAAGUGUCCCAAAAAAUGUUUAAAAUAAAAGUCGUUGUUUUGGGACUUUUGCCUUUUUUUUCGAGAGGACAGUUGAUAGAGUAGGUACUCAGGGAGAGAGAGAGUGGGGGAUGACGUGGGAAAGGAGCCUUCACAGGCCGCCUGCUUGGUAUUGCUUGGUAUAUAACUAUUGCCUCUGUACAUGCUGCAUGUAAAUAAACCACUAGGCCAUCUGCGCCCUGAUUAUUCAUGAUUACAAACUAAUUUUAAAGCUUAAAGACAGUGUUUGUAAAUGAUCAAUAAAAAAUAUAUGGACGUCGUAUAGGACCAAGUUUAAGUCAGUAAUAAUGAAAUAUAUCAGUCUGUUAUCAGUCAAAAGAAUCAGCUCUGUUGGCUGACAUGAACACAUAAAUGCACAACAGUCCAGGAAUAAGGAGUGCAAAGGAUGAUAGAAUAAAUAUAACACUGCUGAAACCAGAUUGUUUUUAUACACGAGUGGAGUCAAAGAAUAAAAUGUUUGAAACAGCUGAUGUUUGGAUAUAUGGGUUUUUGUCUCGCUAAUGUUCAGUCUAUGUUGUUGUUUGGUCAUUACUCGUCAUUGUCGUUAAAUGUCAUUUUGUGUACGUGUGAACCACCAACCUGCCAAAGGAGAUGGAAAUACGGCUAUGACUACAAUCCGGCAUAUGAGAUGAGAUAAGAUACUUCAUUGUCUGUAUUUACAUGUGUAUGUUCAUUAAUGUACACUGUCUCUAUUUUAAA